UCACAUGUGCCAUACUCCUUGGCAACCUUUAUCUUUCAUCAACUUGUUGGCUCUCCUUCAUCUUCACUGAGGUCACGAGGUUCAGUUGAACAUACUCAAGACAUUUCAUUAUCUACUUCUCUUGGAAAGAAUGGAUCUGUUCCUGCACUUGAAACUCUAUAUGAUGAAUCUUCUGGGCCCAAUUUAUCUGCCACUUCAAGUAUUCCAAUGCACACACCUUUCACUUCAUCCAUUGAUAAUCGUAGUUCUGCCCUUUCAGAACCCGCGAUUCUACCAUGUAUCCCUGGUGGUGAUGGCUGUAGUAUUACGCUAAAUACAGGCGCUGUUUUGGCUGGUUCAGGCCUCCCACUUUGUCUUUCUAUAUCAAGAGCUCAGGCACCCUGUCCUCUCUUUGCAGCCUCACCUGGACAAGCUCUGGCAGAUUCUGAGCUGGCAUAUCAGGCUGUCACUAAAGUUUUGCAAAUGCGCUCGCGUUUACCAGAAUCUUCUCAUCUUUUAUUAGUUGAGGGUCAGCGAGCACAGCUAGAUGCGCUUGCCUUCCAUUUAAUUCGCUAUUACCGAGACGACAUGGUGAAACUCUCUGGUCUCUUGGAAGCCAUUCUUCCACAUUCUCAUAAUCCGGCAUUUAAGCCUCCUCCUUUUAUAUUAUGUUUGACAGCUCCUCUUCAUGAGGUGCUUAACUACCAAAAAAGUAAAGAAAACGAUAACACUGUUGCUGAUGUGCCCGAGGGUCUUCUUGAUGAGCCAAGUUUUAUUACAAACUCAAAGUUUAUUGGCAGUACACUCCCUGUUACCCAGAACCCAGCUACAUCCGAUGCCUCAGGACAGCUUAUCGAAUUUGAUAAACCCGAUUAUCAUAAGCCCUUACAGCUGCCAUUACCACAACAAGAUCGUCUCAUUUUCGGAUCAUCUAUUGAAGUUACUCAAAGUCUGCCACCUUUUACCCAUGAGAAUAAGCCUGAAGCCGACAUAUUAUCGCUAUGGAGGCCCCAUAAUCAGCUCCAACAAAUGACCAUUGAGACUUCGAGAUCAUGUGAGUAUUGGUAA